AUGCGGGCCGCCGUGGCCCUGGUGGAACAGGGCAAAGAACUGGCGAGGCGGUCGCAGCAAAUCAGCGCAGAGGCCAUCGCGAACUUCUGCGUAGUUUCUCCAGAAGUGGCUGGCGAGCUGCUGCAGAAGCUGCUGGCUCUGGGCGUGCUGCAGCGGGGCCCCGGGAGGGGCAAGAAGUACAGGCGAGUUGCUGCUGCUGCUGCUGCUGCUGCUGCUGCUCACGCGCUCCGCAGGUCCAGGCUCUACGCAGAGCCGCCGCAGCAGCAGCAGCAGCAGCAGCAGCGGCAGCGGCAGCAGCCCUGCACCAGGAGCAGCGGCUGCGGACCUGCUGCUGCUGCUGCGGAAGCAAACGCUGCUGCGAAGGCUCCCCGCAGCGCAGCAGCAGCAGCGGUGAUCUGCGUCGACGACGAGCCCGUCCGCACCAGCAGCAAACGCAGAACAAGAGCAGCAGCAGCAGCAGCAGCAGCAGCUGCUGCUGCUGCUGCCAGGCUCCCCAGCCUCGCGAGAGACAGCAAGACCGUAGCCGCGGCAGCAGCAGCCGCAGCAGCAGCAGCGGCGGCAGCAGCGCCAGCUGCAGCAGCAGCAGCAGCAGCAGCACAAGAGAGCAGCAAACCUGCAGCAGAUAUGGGAGAGCCAGAGGACGGAGGCGGCGGCCCUGCUGCUGCUGCGCUGCGGCUCGCGCAUGCGCGGCAGCGGCUGCGCCAAAUGGCUGCUUCUACGCAGUCUCUUCUGGAGAGGUGCAGCGACGGGGCAGCAAAGCCCAAGGAGGUGCACGUGGAGGAGCUGCGGUCGCGGCUUGCUGCUGCUGACGAGGCCUUCCUGCAGUCUCAGAAGCAGCAGGAAGAAAGAGACAGAGAGACGCUGAAGCGGCAGCUGCAGCAGCUGCAGCAGCAGCAAAAGAAGCAAAAAGGUACUUCUGCGGGCCAGGGGCCCCCUGCGCCUCGGGGGCCCCUGGCUGCUGUGGGGCCCCACAGUGGCUUCCGCCUUCGCAGGCCGCAGCAGCAGCAGCAGCAGCAGCAGCAGCAAGAAGGUGGCUCCAAACAGAUGCAUUAUGUGUAUAUUGCGCGCGGUGCGCAGCAGCCACGGGGACUGCAGCAGCAGCAGCAGCAGCAGCAGCAGCAGCAGCUGUGCUUGGUUUGUGCUGCUGCUGCAGGCGAGACGGAGGAAGAAGAGGGGCGGCUGCAGCGGCGAGUUCAUGAGCUCGAAGCAGCAGUUGCUGCUGCUAAGGCCAGCGCGACUGAGGCCUACACAACGGCGCAGAAAAGAGUAGUGCAGCUAAGCUCUGACUUAGAAGCAGCAGCAUCGGGCAAAGAGGAGCUGCAGCAGCGCGUGGAAAGCCUGGAGAAGGCCCUGCAGCAGCAGCGGGAGCAGCAGCAGCAGCAGCAGCAGCAGCACCAGGCUGCGACUCAAGCGCUGCAAGAUGAACUCUCGCAGGUGAAGCAGCAGCUGCAGCGGGAGAGGCAGCAGCACCAGCAGCAGGUGGCGGGGCGGCUGCAGCAGCAGCAGCAAAUGCUGGAGCAGCUGAAGCUGCAGCAGCAGGCGAGCGAAGAAGCACACCAGCAAGCUCUGAAGCUAGCUGCUGACGACUCGCGGCUCGAGCGGGAGGCGCUGGCGCUGCAGCUGAGCGCAGCAGAAGCAAAACUGGAGGCUGUCUCCAGCAUUAAAGCAGCAGGCAUAAACGAAAGGAACUGCCUCGAACAGCUGCAGGGCGCCAAUGCUAAGCUACAAAAGGAGAAGGAAGAGCUGCAGCAGCAGCUUGUGGAAGCAGCUAAGCGACAAGAACAGCUGCAGCACCAAGAGCAGCUUCAGCAGCAGCAGCAGCAGCAGCAGCAGCAGCUGCUAGACUGCACAAGGGACCUCAAGGAAGCAGAAAUGCAGCGCCAGGAACUUCUUAAAGAAGUUAUGCAGUGGAGAAAGCUGGCAGCCUCAUUUGUAGUGGAGGAAACCCCCACGAGAGAGGCCUUCCGCCGCUGGCUGCUGCUGCUGGUCAACUCUGUCCAGGCGCUGCAGUUCACCAGCAGACAAGCAGAAGCAGAGCUGCAGCAGCAGCAGCAGCAGCAGCAGCAGCUGCAGCAGGAGCUUGCGCACCAAAAGGACCUGGUGGCUGCGCUGAAGCUGCAGCUGGCGGACGCAGAGCUGCAGCAGCAGCAGCAGCAGCGGCAGCACCAGCGGGUGCUGUCAACUGAGAAAGCAGCUAACGAGCUUCUUCAGGUCAAGCUUGCUGGGGCACUGCAUGCAACCAGCGAGCAGAUCGAGCGCCUGUUGCAGCCGGCAGCAGCAGCAGCAGCAGACGGCAGCAGCGACAGCAGCAGCAGCAGCAAGCAGCUGCAGGAGCAGCUAGCUGAGUCACAGGAGGAGAUAAAACGCAUGCAGCAGCUGCAGCAGCAGCAGCAAGAGCUGCGCCAGGAGGCGGAGCUGCAAAGACUGCGACAAGCUGAUAGGCGGCAUGCGAGUGCUGCGCUUGAGAGCGAACAGCUGGCUCAGGAGAAUGCUCGUUUAAAGGGGGAGCUGCAGAGAAAAGCUGCUGAGGCGGCGGAGCUUGAGAAGCGCCAAGGUACUGUGCUGAGCAGACACAGCGCACCUGCCGCAGCAGCAGGAGCAGCAGCAGCAACAGGAGCAGCAGCAGCAGCAGCAGCAGCAACAGGAGCAGCAGCAGCAGGAGCAGGAACAGCAGCAGUUUCUGCUGCUGCGGUUUGUCAGCUGCUGAACGAGCUCGCGGACGUCUCUGUCUGCCUGGGCAGAGAGCGAAGCCUCCAAACGCAGCUGCAACGGGCUCUAGAGCGCGUCUCCACUUUAGAACGUUUGCUGCGGGGAGGCUCGGGCGACGCGGCAGACCAUGCGCAAAGAGUGCAGACACUGGAAGCAGAAGUUGACAAAACAAAGCAAAAGAUGGAGCUGCUGCAGCAGCACUGCGUGCAGCAGAUUGCGGCCAUGCGAGAAGCUGUUUAUCUCAUUCUUGGCUGGGACGUUGCCUACCGCUGCGGGGGGCCUGAAGGAGAGGAGACAAUCAUUUUGCAGUGUCUGUACGCCACGCAUGACGGCGUCUUGGUGUUCUCUCGGCAGCAGCAGCAGCAGCAGCAGCAGCAGCAGCAAAAGCUUGAGCCCAAUGAGCAGGCGCAGCAGCUGCAGAAGCAGCAAGAAGACAAGCAAGAAGAAGAGAAGCGCGCUGGAGAGGCAGCAGAGAAUGCUGAGGCCGAGACUGCUGCUGCUGCGCCCACAGCCAGCGAUGCAGCAGCAGCAGCAGCAGCAGCAGCAGCAGCAGCAGCAGCAGAUGGUGUUGCUGCUGCUCCUGUAGCAGGUGAAUGCGCCUCGAGCAGCUCAGAGCCGACCCCAGGACACAUUGCUGCGCCUCGGGAGCACUCAGAUCAGCAGCAGCAGCUGCUGCAGCAGCACGACUCGCAGCAAGAGCAGCAGCAGCAGCAGCAGAAGCCGCAGCAGCAGCAGCAGAAGCCGCAGCAGCAGCAGCAAGAUGAGGCGCUCCAGCGCUUCGCCAAGUCUCGCUAUCGAGUUUCCUUUCUGAAUUUUUACGGGGAUCUGCUCCAAAGAGACCCUCAACUUAGUGGACGGGCGCUGUCGCAGCCGUGGCCCGCUUUUGCUGCUUCGCUUUGCCUCGACGAGCUGCGGCGUUUAACAGUUUCUUUCGAAGGCAAAACGCCUCGCAACAUCCACGGAAUGCUGCUGCCCAUGCCUUGA